GUUUCUUCUUAUACAUGCAUUCAGACUCUCUUCUCGUUAAUAGGUCGACGUUAAGUUGUCUCGUUGCACCUGGUAGUUUAAUUAGACAGGGCUCGACACCUAAAGCCAGCAACAAGUUGGUGAUCACCUCGGUUGCCUUUCAAGACCACAUCACGCGCACCCUGCUGCGCUCAGAGUUCUCCCGAUCUGACCCUCUGCCGAGAUGCAAGAGAAAAGCACCCAGAAAUCCGCGAGCGAGAAAGGAAGACCGUGGCCUGCAGAGACAAGAAGAGGCAGAAUAUGUGCUUGAUUCUGCUCCACCUCCUUUAACAUUGGCUCAGAAGUUGGGUUUGGUGGCCUCCCCUGCAGGAAGACUCACAGAGGAUGAAUGGACUCGGGUCAAGGCGAGGUCUGUUCAGCAGGGGGAAUCAGCACAUCCCUGUGCGAUAUGCAGGGAGGAGUUUCUCCUUCAGCCUCAGGUGUUGCUGUCUUGUUCUCAUGUUUUCCACAGAGCAUGUUUGCAGGCCUUUGAGAGGUUUUCUGGGAGGAAAUGCUGCCCGAUGUGCAGAAAGGAGCAAUAUGAGACACGGGUGAUCCACGAUGCAGCUCAUCUCUUCAGACACCGGUGUGCCACCAGAAUUCAGGCGUGCUGGCGAGGUUAUGUUGCUCGAAAAAGAUACCGUACGUUGAGGAAAUCCGUCUGCCCAAAAGACAAAAAGCUGCGACGCAAAUUCUUCGAAGCAAAGUUGCAGGAGUUGAAUGACAGCUUUGUCCGAUACUGUCACACCGACACGGAGGCUUUUCUGAGUGAUAUCAACCGCUCGCUGUCAUCAAGCAGACGAGUGUUCCAGCAGCUGGAGAGAAAGCACAUCUCCGAACCUCACGAGAACGACUGGGACCGAAUACAGAGGCAGGUUAUCCAGAGAGGCGUCUGGGACUGCCCCAUCUGCCUGACUGCACUGUGCAGCCCGAGCCUCCUGACAGAAGCAGGUACAUCCAGCCAUCAUCAACACAGACAGACGGUGCUUCUGUCCUGUACCCACCUCUUCCAUCAACCCUGUCUGGAGGCCUUUGAGACCUUUGCUAUAGAGAGCAGACCUUCAUGUCCCCUGUGCAGAUCUGCCUACCACAAAAAAAUCAUUGAACCAGUAUUGUAAGGACUGUUCCCCCUGGAAUAUGAAGGAUGGAUGACUAAGUAUAGCAGCAAAGGUGGUAUGCAGGUGGACUUCAUCAUCUCUCCCAGGACCUUCAGACAGAGAUAAAGUAGUGGUUACUCCUGCAGGCUCCUCUUAGCUCCACACUGCUAGACCAAUUUCAAACCAUCUGUCAAAGCUGAUCGCAUGCUGCCUGGAAAGCCAUCAGCACCCCAUUGUUUUCCUGCUUAUCCAUUUUGGCCUGCCAGUCCGGGUGCUUCUGCACGAGUAUGGGCUAGCUGUGCCAUCCAAUGAUAAAGUAAUAUAGGGUUAUAAUUAAGCUUUCAAUAACCCGACGUGCCCUAAUGGGGGGAAGAAAGAAAGAAAAUUGCUGCAUCGAUACAUUGAAUCAAUUUACAAUUUUCUAUUUCAGCCAUCUGUAUGCAGAAAUUACACUCCGAUGUGGCACGGAGGAGAAGCACAAGUCUAUAUACAUUCUGCGUCUCCUGUAACAUCUUCACAACCUCUGUCGUCAAUUAGAUUGGGCAAUCGAUUCAGUGCCUGGAGAGAUGUAUUUACAGCCGCAGUAAGCAGUUUGCAAGCAUCAAGGACCUUUAACAAAAUUGCCUGUGAAGAGACAGGGAGAGAGAUGAUGGAGACCCCAGUCGAUACAGCUUGCCACUGUGGUCUGGCUACACCCAUUUCUAAUGCCAAAGGUUUUGAUCCUGGUUUGGUAAUUUGAGAAAAUCUAAUUGGGGGUAAAAAGAUGCUUGGCAUUUGAAAUGUCAGGGGGACAGUGGCAGAGUUGGAGACAUUAGCAUGCAGCUGGGUCAUGCAUCCGAGAAACACAGGCCAGAUUCAUCAGGGUUGUGUUGCACAGUGAGAUUAUUUUCUAAUAUGUGAGGCUGCUAGCAUUUGCGUCAUGUCAUAAACAUGAUUAAUUACUCUCAAAAAUUAGCAAUAAGCAAUUAGCCCAGUUAGUAAAGCAACCGCCCCAUGUACGAAGGCUCAUUCCUCGCCGCGGCAGCCCAGCGCUCGAAUCCGACCUGUGGCU